CUGGGGAAGGAAACGCCAGGCUCCGCUUCAGGCUUUAUCUGGCCCCCGUCUCUUCUGAGCCUUCGUGUCCACUCCCGCUGGGCUCAGAUGUCGUCUGGCCCCAGAAUUCAAAACGAGCGUUUCGUUGUCUUUUCUCUUAAGUGUGUGAGUUUCGGUCUUUUCUUGAACCAGUACGUGUAAUUGUUCUGGGUUCGGUGGCGUUGGCCCAGCUCCCGAAUCAGCUCAUCGCUGAGCUUGCUGGGCUGGCUCGUGUCCGUUUUUCCUGCACGCCCACCGCCUCUCUUCUGGUGCGUUUCGUUUCUUGAGUGUUUUCCGUCUUGAACUGAGUGAGGAUUGUCUUGUGUCUCUUUGUCUGGCGUCGUGAUAAAUUGUCCAGUAAAAGGAAGAAUGUUUUUGUCUUGCAGUCGAUUUUUGCUUUGUGAUUUUUAUCUUGGAUAACUUUCGUGUUCUCAUAGUCUGUGGACCCUAGUUGAGAAUGUUUGUUUUACGAAGUUAGCUGUUUCGGGCGACUUCUGUGUGUGUUGAUGUUCCCCCUUCGCUUUUUCCUUUUAGUGUUCUGAGCACUGCCUCAGAUGCUGUGGGCUGCUUGGGGGGAGGGGGAAGACUUGUUUUUUAAAGUUCUCCAAUUAGUUGUGACUUAAUGUCCUUUCUUUAGCAGCUGCUGGUUUGCCCUCUUAAGGGAGUGGGAGGACUUUUGUGUGAGGUGGUAUGGAAGUGUGGGUGAAUGGUUAAGCUGAAGAAUUAAUUGCACGCUGGAAGCAUUCUGCAAGGAAGGCAGAAACUAGGGUGGGGUUUAGAGAGGCAAAGAAGGACCUAGGUUUAGAGUGGGGAGGAUUGGUAUUUGAGAAAAUGAAAGUGAGUGUUGGAAGGUAAAGAAACUCGUUUCUUGCGCUGUAACGAAAAUUUUCAUUUUUUUGUGCAUUUCUACUUGCUUGUCCUAGAUUGAGCUUCAUUUGUCACUCCUGUACUUUAGUGUGGUUUUCUGAUUUUUCAGUCCUCUGGAGUCUGCUCCUGGGGUUGGGCAGGGACCCAGCCUUUAGAAUUGGGGGAUAGAGGUACAAGCAGUUCUGGAAUUGGGCAAUUUUCCUUCCAUUCUCAAUCUCCCCAUACUUAAAAUUUUGUUUUACUAUAUCCUUCAGGUACUCAUAUGCUGUUUCUUCUGGAAUUUUAAAAACGUAGGCUUCCUUUGUAUCCGUGUUUAUCUACCUUUGCUUAUUUUUCACUAAUCUCUUCACUUGUUCCUUGGGGUUUUUGAGGGGGGUAGUUUUCCCUCACAUAUUUGUGCUCUGUGAAGCUGUCGCGGACGAGAUGAGAUGGAGGAAGAAAUAACGUAUAUGUAGUAGGAGAAAAGAAUAAGAAAUGUGUAGCUAAGAAAUCUAACCAGAAAAAUCGAAGGGGUUGAGGGCUUUUCAGAGCCAUGCUGGGGUUGGGACAGGUCGAGAGGAUAGAACCUUGGUGUAGGAGGCACGAAGAGAACAUGGGAGAGAUAAGGCAGGUCUGGAAGAGAAACACUAGGAAGCGAGAUAACAGGGAAUUGGUAGGGAAAGUUGACAGUUUUGCCUUAGUGAAGGGCUAUGAAGGGGGGGGGGGUGUUCUGAGUAAGUUUAGGGCAAGGAAUGUAGAAGAGGGCAAUGGGAACGGUUGGAGCAGAGGAGGUUUGAUCAGAGCAUUGAGCUGUAAACAGGUGAUGUUUAAGGGGAGCUAAUGAGACUUGGGUGAGCUGCCGAAUACGUGAGAAAUCCUAUUGGGAAGGAAAUUAAAGGAGCAAGAUAUCAGGCAAGGUAGUUCAUAGCUUAUAAAUAUUUGAAAUCAGGGAAAUGGCCUCUCCUCGGGGAGGUAAAGUACAAGAAGAUUAUGUAGCCAAGGUUCUUGUGUUUCUGAUAUGCAUGCUGGCUUUUAUUCUUGAGUGUGAGGCUGCAUGGGACUCUUGGUUUAUGUCAGAAACCAACCAGUCCACGUGUUAAGAUAUGUAGGGGUUGUUUAGUCUGUUUUGCGUUUGUGACGUGGUAGUCUGAAAUUCUUAGGUCAGUUCUGAAAAGAAUCUUUGGAUUUGGACUGUGGGCCCGUAGGUACCACAGAUUUGUGGUAGUGGUGGUCGUGCCCUGUUUGGGGACCUCAGUCAGUUGCCAGAUGUCGGAAAGUAGAUUAGUGGGUGGAGACAUUGGUGCUUAUGGGAGCCAAAUGAGAAUAAAGAGUGUGGAAAAAUUCGAGAGAAAUAGGUUUCUUAUUUUCUUAGGGUGGAACAAGAACAUCUAGGUGCAAACAGAAAUGGAAGUGGCUCUUGGCCUUUGAGGGAAAAGGCUGUAAGAGCUGGGGUAGGAUUGAGUGGAAAGAAAGUAUGGGAAGGGGAAGGGAAGGAAGGGUUUUUGUUAGAAGACCAGGAGGAUUAUGCAGAUAAAGGAGUUUAGUGUGGAGCUUCCUGUUGAAAUAGGGGUGAAGAACAGGGAUUUGGGUGGUGGCAAGUGGUUAGUUUGGGGUCAGGGCCCUGACCCGUGUUUCCCCGCUCCCCCCCAGGAGCGGUGGUGCCCCCCCGGGCACGGGGCCAUGUACAACGGGAUCGGGCUGCCGACGCCCCGGGGCAGCGGCACCAACGGCUACGUCCAGCGCAACCUGUCCCUGGUGCGAGGCCGCCGGGGUGAGCGGCCUGACUACAAGGGAGAGGAGGAACUGCGGCGCCUGGAGGCUGCCCUGGUGAAGCGGCCUAAUCCUGACAUCCUGGACCACGAGCGCAAGCGGCGCGUGGAGCUGCGAUGCCUCGAGCUGGAGGAGAUGAUGGAAGAGCAGGGGUACGAGGAACAGCAAAUUCAGGAAAAAGUGGCUACCUUUCGACUCAUGUUGCUGGAGAAGGAUGUGAACCCUGGGGGAAAGGAAGAGACCCCAGGGCAGAGGCCAGCGGUAACUGAGACUCACCAGUUGGCAGAACUGAAUGAGAAAAAGAAUGAGCGACUCCGUGCUGCCUUUGGUAUCAGUGAUUCCUAUGUAGAUGGCAGCUCUUUUGAUCCUCAGCGUCGUGCUCGAGAAGCUAAACAACCAGCUCCAGAGCCUCCCAAACCUUACAGCCUUGUCCGGGAGUCCAGCAGUUCUCGCUCACCAACCCCAAAGCAAAAGAAGAAGAAAAAGAAGAAAGAUAGAGGACGCAGGUCAGAGAGCAGCUCUCCUCGACGAGAGAGGAAGAAGAGUUCUAAGAAGAAGAAGCACAGGUCAGAAUCUGAAUCCAAAAAACGGAAGCAUAGGUCUCCCACUCCAAAGAGCAAACGUAAAUCUAAGGACAAGAAGCGGAAGCGGUCUCGUAGUACAACACCAGCCCCCAAGAGCCGCCGGGCCCACCGUUCAACGUCUGCUGACUCUGCUUCCUCUUCUGAUACUUCCCGCAGUCGGUCUCGAAGUGCAGCAGCAAAGACCCAUACAAUUACCUUGACUGGGCGAAGUCCUUCCCCUGUUUCAGGGCGUCGAGGGGAGGGAGAUGCACCUUCUAAGGAACAAGGUACCACCAACACAGGGCAGCCUAGCAGCCCAGAGCCCUCUACAAAGCAGCCUAGCAGUCCUCACGAGGACAAAGACAAAGACAAGGAGAAAUCUGCAAUUCGACCUAGCCCCUCUCCGGAAAGGAGCAGCGCAGGCCCAGAACCACCUGCUCCCACUCCGCUCCUUGCUGAGCAACAUGGCGGCUCCCCACAACCCCUUGCAACAACCACCUUAAGUCAGGAGCCAGUGAACCCCCCAUCUGAGGCUUCCCCAACCCGGGGCCGUUCACCACCUAAGUCUCCUGAGAAACCUCCCCAGUCGUCUUCAGAGAGCUGCCCACCAUCCCCUCAACCUACCAAAGUUUCUCGACAUGCCAGCUCUUCCCCUGAAAGUCCUAAACCUGCACCAGCUCCUGGGUCCCGCCGAGAGAUUUCUUCUUCUCCCGCAUCCAAGAGUCGCUCACAUGGCCGAGCAAAGCGGGAUAAGUCACAUUCUCAUACCCCUUCUCGAAGAGUGGGGAGGUCCCGUAGCCCUACCACCACUAAGAGGGGGCGAUCUCGGUCUCGAACCCCUACCAAAAGAGGUCAUUCUAGGUCCCGGUCCCCUCAGUGGCGUAGGUCCCGGUCUGCACAGAGGUGGGGACGGUCCAGAAGCCCCCAGCGACGUGGUCGUUCUAGGUCUCCUCAGCGACCAGGCUGGUCUAGAAGCAGAAAUACCCAGAGAAGAGGCAGGUCUAGAUCAGCAAGGCGAGGCAGGUCUCAUUCUAGAUCCCCAGCCGCUAGGGGCAGAUCUCGUUCUAGAACGCCAGCCCGCCGGGCUAGAUCUCGCUCUAGAACACCUGCCAGGCGGAGAUCACGAUCCAGAACACCUGCCAGGCGUAGGUCCCGCUCUAGAACACCAGCCCGGAGAGGCAGGUCUCGGUCUAGGACACCUGCUAGGCGCAGAUCUAGGACCCGAUCGCCAGUACGACGGAGGUCUCGUAGCAGAUCACCAGCCAGGAGAAGUGGCAGGUCACGCUCUAGAACUCCAGCCAGACGUCGGUCACGCUCUAGAACACCAGCCAGGAGAGGGAGGUCUCGGUCUAGGACACCGGCAAGACGAGGACGAUCUCGGUCUAGGACACCCGUGAGACGAGGACGAUCUCGGUCUAGGACACCAGCAAGACGAAGAUCUCGUAGUAGAAGUCUAGUUAGACGAGGAAGAUCUCAUUCUAGAACACCACAAAGAAGAGGCAGGUCUGGUUCGUCAUCAGAGCGGAAGAACAAAUCCAGAGCAUCACAGAGGAGGAGCAGGUCCAACUCAAGCCCAGAAAUGAAAAAAUCUCGAGUUUCUUCGAGACGGAGCAGGUCUCUCUCUUCACCGCGGUCCAAAGCAAAAUCUCGCUUGUCUUUGAGGCGAAGCCUUUCAGGAUCCUCUCCGUGUCCUAAACAAAAGUCUCGGACACCACCAAGGCGCAGUCGCUCGGGAUCAUCCCAGCCGAAAGCUAAAUCUAGAACACCACCAAGGCGAAGUCGUUCUGGUUCUUCUCCUCCUUCUAACCAGAAAUCUAAAACACCUUCAAGACAGAGUUGUUCCAGUUCAUCUCCUCAACCUAAAGUGAAGUCUGGAACACCACCAAGGCAAGGGUCUGUAACAAGUCCCCAGGCAAAUGAACAAUCUGCCACACCACAAAUACAGAGCCGUUCAGAAUCAUCACCUGACCCUGAGGUGAAAUCUAUGACCCCUUCAAGACAUAGCUGCUCUGGGUCCUCUCCUCCUAGAGUGAAAUCUAGCACCCCUCCAAGAGGGAGCCGCUCUGGAUCGUCAUCUCCACAACCCAAAGUAAAGGCAGUAAUGUCGCCAGUCCAAAGUCAUUCUGGCUCCUCUUCUCCAAGUCCUAGUAGGGUAACCUCUAAAACACCGCCAAGGCAAAGCAGAUCAGAGUCUCCUUGCUCCAAGAUGGAAUCUAGAUUGUUGCAAAGACACAGCCGUUCUAGGUCCUCUUCACCAGAUACCAAAGUGAAACCUGGAACACCACCAAGACAAAGUCACUCAGGGUCUACUUCACCAUGCCCUAAAGUUAAGCCCCAAACUCCAUCAGGGCACAGUCUUUGUGGAUCUAAGUCCCCAUGUUCCCAAGAGAAGUCUAAAGACUUACCAGCACAAAGUUCUGGAUCCUUCUCUCUCUGUCCAGGAGUAAAGUCUACCACACCACCAGGAGAAAUGUAUUUUGUCUCCUCUUCUCUGCAACAGAAAGGACAAUCACAGACUUCACCAGACCCUAGAUCUGAUACUUCAAGUCCAGACAUGAAACGGAGUCACUCUGAGUCUCCGUCUCUGCAGAGCAAAUCUCACACACCUCUUAAGGGUGGCCGGUCCAGGUCCUCAUCUCCAAUCACUGAACUGACCCCCAGAUCUCCAACGAGACCAGACAGAAGUGAAUUGUCAAGCCCUAGGCUAAAAUCUGGAAUGUCUCCUGAGCAGAGCAAGUCUCAGUCUGACUCUUUCCCAUAUCCUGCCAUGGACUCUAAAUCUCUUUUGGGGCAGAGUAGAUUGGAGCCUUCUGAGUCAAAAGAGAAAACAGGCUUACUCCUUCAGGAAGAUAUUACUGUGUCAUCUCCUGGACCAAGAGACAAAUCUAGUCCUUUCCCAGUGCAGGAUAAAUCUGAGUCCUCACCAGUACUCAGAGAGACACCUAAAACCCCAUCAAGGGAAAGAGGUGGUGUUGGGUCAUCCCCAGAUACAAAAGACCAAAGUAUGUCAGCUAAGCCAAGCCAAGAUGAGGAAUUAAUGGAGGUCGAGAAAUCUGAAGAAUCCUCAAACCAGGUCCUCUCUCAUUUGUCUCCAGAACUUAAAGAAAUGGCUGGAGGUAAUUUUGAAUCCUCACCUGAAAUAGAAGAAAGACCUGUGUCUUUGACUCUUGACCAAAGCCAGUCACAGACUUCUUUGGAAGCAGAAGUCCCUGCAGUGGCCUCAACUUGGAGUGGGCCACAUUUUUCUCCAGAGCAUAAAGAGCUGUCUCAUUCGUCCCCGAGGGAGAAUAGCUUUGGAUCACCUUUAGAAUUUAGAAACUCAGGCCCUGUUGCAGAAAUGAAUGCUGGAUUUUCUCCUGAGGUUAAAGAAGAUUUGAAUGGAUCUUUUCCUAAUCAGCUGGAGACAGAUCCAUUUGUAGACAUGAAAGAACAAUCUACAAGGUCCUCCAGACGCAGCAGUUCUGAGUUAUCACCAGAUGCAGUGGAAAAAGCAGGAAUGUCUUCAAAUCAGAGUGUUUCUUCACCAGUGCUCGAUGCUGUACCCAGAACACCAUCGAGGGAAAGAAGUAGCUCUGCAUCUCCUGAACUGAAAGACGGUUUACCCAGAACCCCCUCAAGGAGAAGCAGGUCUGGGUCUUCUCCAGGACUUAGAGAUGGGUCUGGGACUCCCUCGAGGCACAGCUUAUCUGGGUCCUCUCCUGGAAUGAAAGAUAUACCUAGAACACCGUCUAGGGGGAGAAGUGAAUGUGAUUCUUCUCCAGAACCAAAAGCUUUGCCCCAGACUCCUAGGCCAAGGAGUCGUUCUCCAUCAUCUCCAGAGCUCAACAACAAGUGUCUUACCCCCCAGAGAGAACGAAGUGGGUCAGAGUCGUCAGUUGAACAGAAGACCAUGGCUAGGACUCCUCUUGGACAGAGAAGUCGAUCUGGGUCUUCUCAAGAACUUGAUGGGAAGCCCAGUGCAUCCCCUCAAGAAAGAAGUGAAUCAGACUCUUCUCCAGAUUCCAAAGCUAAGACACGAGUACCACUUAGAGAAAGGAGUCGGUCUGGGUCGUCUCCAGAGGUUGAUAGCAAAGCCCGGCCUUCUCCUCGCCGUAGUAGGUCUGGCUCAUCCCCUGAAGUUAAAGAUAAGCUGAGAGUGGCACCCAGGGCACAGAGCGGUUCUGAUUCUUCUCCUGAACCCAAGGCUCCUGCCCUUCGAGCUCUUCCCAGACGAAGCAGGUCAGGUUCAUCAAGCAAAGGCAGAGGCCCUUCUCCUGACGGAAGCAGCAGUUCAGAGUCCUCUCCAGAACACCCACCCAAAUCCAGAACUGCUAGAAGAAGCUCUAGGUCAUCACCAGAGCCCAAGACCAAGUCCCGCACUCCACCUCGCCGUCGCAGCUCUAGAUCGUCUCCUGAGCUGACUAGGAAGGCCAGGCUGUCUCGUAGAAGCCGCUCUGCAUCGUCCUCACCAGAGACCCGUUCUAGAACCCCCCCGAGACGUCGAAGAAGUCCUUCAGUGUCUUCCCCAGAGCCAGCUGAAAAGUCAAGAUCCUCACGCCGGCGGCGCUCAGCUUCAUCCCCCCGUGCUAAGACAACUUCAAGGAGAGGCCGUUCUCCUUCACCAAAGCCUCGUGGGCUUCAGAGAUCCCGUUCCCGCUCAAGGAGAGAGAAAACCAGAACAACUCGACGUCGAGAUAGGUCUGGAUCUUCUCAGUCAACUUCGCGGAGAAGACAGCGGAGCCGGUCGAGGUCUCGGGUCACUCGUCGGCGGAGGGGAGGCUCUGGUUACCACUCAAGGUCACCUGCCCGGCAGGAGAGUUCCCGAACUUCUUCCCGACGCCGAAGAGGCCGGUCUCGGACACCCCCAGCCAGUCGGAAGCGGUCCCGCUCUCGUACAUCACCAGCUCCAUGGAAACGCUCACGGUCUCGGGCCUCUCCAGCCACUCACCGGCGGUCCAGGUCCAGAACACCUUUGGUCAGUCGCCGUAGGUCCAGGUCUCGAACUUCACCAGUCAGUCGGAGACGAUCAAGGUCCAGGACAUCGGUGACUCGACGAAGGUCUCGAUCCAGAGCAUCGCCAGUGAGUCGAAGGCGAUCCAGGUCUAGAACGCCACCAGUAACCCGCCGUCGUUCAAGAUCCAGAACCCCAACACGCCGGCGCUCCCGUUCUAGAACUCCACCGGUGACUCGAAGAAGGUCCAGAUCUAGGACUCCACCAGUGACCAGGAGGCGAUCUCGAAGCAGAACUUCCCCUAUCGCUCGCAGGAGAUCGAGAUCCAGAACGUCUCCAGUCACCCGUAGGAGAUCUCGAUCUCGCACAUCUCCUGUAACUCGAAGGAGGUCCCGCUCUCGAACCUCUCCGGUGACACGCCGCCGAUCUCGGUCCCGAACGCCUCCUGCUAUUCGGCGUCGCUCUAGAUCUCGGACCCCAUUGUUGCCACGCAAGCGUUCUCGAAGUCGCUCUCCCCUUGCUAUCCGUCGCCGUUCCAGAUCCCGUACUCCACGAACAACUCGGGGCAAACGGUCCUUAACGAGAUCUCCUCCCGCCAUCCGAAGACGUUCUGCAUCUGGAAGUAGUUCUGAUCGUUCACGUUCUGCUACUCCUCCGGCAACGAGAAAUCAUUCUGGUUCUCGGACCCCUCCAGUAGCGCUCAAUAGCUCCAGAAUGAGCUGUUUCAGUCGUCCUAGCAUGUCACCAACUCCUCUGGACCGCUGUCGAUCACCUGGAAUGCUGGAACCCCUUGGCAGCUCUAGAACACCUAUGUCUGUCCUGCAACAAGCCGGUGGCUCCAUGAUGGAUGGUCCAGGUCCCCGAAUUCCUGAUCACCCGAGAACAUCUGUGCCAGAAAAUCACGCACAGUCUAGAAUCGCACUUGCCCUGACAGCCAUCAGUCUUGGCACUGCUCGGCCACCUCCAUCCAUGUCUGCUGCUGGCCUUGCUGCAAGAAUGUCCCAAGUCCCAGCUCCAGUGCCUCUCAUGAGUCUCAGAACGGCCCCAGCUGCCAGUCUUGCCAGCAGGAUUCCUGCAGCUUCUGCAGCAGCGAUGAAUCUGGCCGGUGCCAGGACACCUGCCAUACCAACAGCAGUGAACCUGGCUGACUCCAGAACGCCAGCUGCGGCGGCAGCCAUGAACUUGGCCAGCCCCAGAACAGCAGUGGCACCUUCUGCUGUGAACCUCGCUGACCCUCGCACCCCUGCAGCCCCAGCUGUGAAUCUAGCAGGAGCCAGAACCCCGGCUGCCUUGGCAGCUCUGAGUCUCACCGGCUCUGGCACUCCCCCGACCGCUGCAAACUAUCCCUCCAGCUCCAGAACAGCCCAGGCUGCAGCCCCUGCAAACCUGGUGGGUCCUAGAUCUGCACAUGCUACAGCUCCUGUGAAUAUUGCCAGCUCCAGAACCCCUCCAGCCAUGGCACCUGCAAGCCUCACCAGUGCUAGAAUGGCUCCAGCCUUGUCUGGUGCAAACCUUACCAGCCCCCGGGUGCCCCUCACUGCUUACGAACGUGUUAGCGGUAGAACCUCACCGCCACUUCUUGACCGAGCCAGAUCCAGAACCCCACCAGGAGGCCCAGGCUCCAGAACCCCACCAUCUGCCCUCAGCCAGUCUAGAAUGACCUCUGAGCGGGCUCCCUCUCCUGCUUCUAGAAUGGUCCAGACUUCCUCCCAGUGUGUUCUUCCUCCAGCUCAGGAUCGACCUAGGUCCCCUGUGCCAUCUGCUUUUUCUGACCAGUCCCGAGCUUUGCUUGCCCAGACCACCCCUGUAGCAGGGUCUCAGUCCCUCUCCUCUGGGACGGUGGCAAAGACCACGUCCUCUGCUGGUGACCACAACGGCAUGCUCUCUGGUCCUGUCCCUGGGGUGUCCCACCCUGAGGGUGGGGAAACACCGGCCUCCACGGGGGCCCAGCAGCCUUCUGCAUUGGCCACCCUGCAGCCGGCAAAGGAGCGGCGGAGUUCCUCCUCCUCCUCCUCAUCCAGCUCCUCCUCUUCAUCCUCGUCAUCGUCCUCUUCCUCCUCCUCUUCCUCCGGUUCCAGUUCUAGCGACUCGGAGGGCUCUAGCCUUCCUGCUCAACCUGAGGUAGCGCUGAAGAGGGUCCCCAGCCCCACCCCAGCCCCCAAGGAGGCUGUUCGAGAGGGACGUCCUCCGGAGCCGACCCCGGCCAAGCGGAAGAGGCGCUCCAGUAGCUCCAGUUCCAGCUCCUCCUCCUCCUCUUCCUCCUCCUCUUCCUCUUCCUCCUCCUCUUCUUCCUCCUCCUCCUCCUCCUCUUCUUCCUCCUCCUCUUCCUCCUCUACUUCUUCAUCCCCCUCCCCCGCUAAGCCUGGCCCUCAGGCCUUGCCCAAACCUGCAAGCCCCAAGAAGCCACCCCCCGGCGAGCGGAGGUCCCGUAGUCCCCGGAAGCCAAUAGAUUCCCUCCGAGAUUCUCGGUCCCUCAGCUACUCGCCUGCGGAGCGCCGCCGCCCUUCGCCUCAGCCCUCGCCACGGGACCAGCAGAGCAGCAGCGAGCGGGGUUCCCGCAGAGGCCAGCGUGGGGACAGCCGCUCCCCUGGCCACAAGCGCAGGAGGGAGACGCCCAGCCCCCGCCCCGUGCGGCACCGCUCGUCCAGGUCUCCUUGAACCUCUGUGGGGGGAAUCCCACCACACCCCAAGUUCUGGAGCUGCAGGGAGUGCCCCCUUUACCCAGCAGUGGGGAGGGGUCCUUGUCUGCCCCCCCACCCCCGAACCCUGGCAGCCUCCUGGGGGAGGACUCUUCCUCCUUCCCGCCCCCCCCCCUUUUUCUUUGUUCCUGUGAAAUGUUAAUCUCUGUGAGUUUUUCCUGGUUCACGUUUGGGGAGUUUUGGGGUGGGUGGGAAUGAGAAUGGGAGUUGUGGGAGGGGAGGAUACAGUUGGGGACACCCUGGUCUUGAGUUAGAAAGGGCUGGGAGGCGUCAGUGCCCCCCUGUAACCCUAAGUUCUGGGGGGAGUUGGAACUUGGGAACUUGUGUGAGGUGUUCCUGGAAGGAAGGGGCAGGAGUUGAAAUUAGUUGGCCCUUACUGUCCCCCAAGUGAGGUUGUGGCCCCUCCCCCAACUUUUCUUCACGUUUCUUAAAGGCAUUUUGGUUUUUUAAAAUCUGUACAGCAAGAGCAACUUUUUCUGUCAAAUAAAAAUGAGAAAUGCAGGAA